UAAUCCCGAAGGGGCGCAGCACAGUGAUGAUGUCAUACCAGCGACGCAAAACAAACCCCACGAGGUUUUUAUGAACUUCUUAGGAGUUUGUCUGUAUGAUCUGUCCAUUUAGAGCCAUGGUUAUUAAAAGGUUUAUUGUAUUUAUGUAUAACGUCAGUUCGUUGCCUGGCCGAUUGUGUCUUUAGAGAAGCUGCACGAUUUACGCGACCAUGAAUGGGUCCCGAGGUGUAGGGCAGGAAGCCGCGUCCUCACGGGAUGAGGAUCGCCUGGAAGAGUCCGGGCUCUCUGACGCGCUUGGCUUGCUGCACAUUGAAAUUGACUGUGAAACGGCCGGGAAAUUUGGCGGUGAUGACGAAGAAAUCUUGCACUCUAAAAACGUCCUGCGCAAGCAGAGGAACUGGGAGCGGAAGCUGGCUGCCAAGAGGAGCAAGAGGAGAGGAGAGAAGCUGAGGAGAAGGCAGAGGAGAGCUGAGGCGUCAGGUGAUGCAGGCGCUGCUGCGGACAGUAUUCAGGACAGCAAACGGGUGCUGAAGGUCAACGCCAGGGAGCGGCUGGCACAGGCCCGAGUGAUGGGACCGAGGCUGUGUGUGGACCUGAGUGUGGCGGGCUGCAUGUCUCCCAAGGAAAUUAGCAGGCUGGCAGGCCAGAUUGGGAGGCUGUAUGGGUCCAACCGGAGGGCAAGGAAGCCGUUCCAUCUCUUCCUAACCGACCUGAAGGAGGACAGCCUGCUGUAUCGGGAGUGUCAGAGGAUGAACGAUGGCUUCCUUCGCUAUGCGAUCGACAUCACGGAGGACAGCUUCCUAGACCUUUUCCCUCAGGAGAGUGUCAUCUACCUCACGCCGGAUGCUGAGCAAGCUCUGGAGAACGUGGACCUGGACAAGGUGUACGUCCUUGGGGGGCUGGUGGAUGAGAGCGUGCAGAAGAAAAUCACAUACCUGAGGGCUAGAGAUGGUGGGGUCUCCAGUGCCAGGCUGCCCAUCAGUGAGUAUAUGGUGAAGAAGACCAACGCCAAGAACUACCACUCCAAAGUCCUGGCCAUUAAUCAGGUCUUCGAUAUUCUGCUCACUUUCUGUGACACUGGCAGUUGGGCAGUCGCAUUGGAGGAGGGGGUACCCCCAGGGAAGGGCUACAUAGUCAGAACCGACGACACCCCUCAAAUUGACCACUGAACAUCAUUCCCUGCUGCCUCGACAAGGGUCACCUGUGAAGAGUAUAGGGAGGACGGGACCAAGGACAAUGCAUAUAGGGGCCCGGUUAUCCCUCUGUGGAAACCCACCGCUGCCCCCCUGUGCGUUACCUAGGUCCUCACUGUGGAGCAGCAAAUCGCCCAAUGGGAGCCCGGCCUUGCUUUCUGCUGGUUGGGCUCCACUGCCCAUUGCCAUGGAAAUGACCUUUAAGGGUCACCCAGAGAAACUGGAGGUGUCCACUGGGAAUUCUGGGUUACACUUGGAGUCAUUACACUGGAAGGAAAACACUGUUCACUGUAUUUUUCCUGUGAGAACUGCAUUCAAGGUUUUUUUAAUUGGAAAAUUAUUUUAAUAUGGUGUUAGCAUGGGAUGUCCCAGCUGACACAAGUAGUCAGCUGAAUGUAAAGCUGUUUUUGAAGUGCUGAAUAAGAGAAGUGUUUCUCUCCCUGGUCCACGGGGACCCCGAGACACUUCAUGUUUUUGCUGCCUCCCAGCUCACUGUAGGUGCCGAAACGUGGGCUGUUUGGGAGUACACAAAGGUCAAGUUCAGAAACACCGAUUUGGAGUAUAUUACGUUGUAUCUGAAACUACUUGUACAGAUCUCUCUGGUCAGGUCUUAGAAAAAAAAAAACAAUAAAAUGUGUUGAGAUCACUGAAA